AUGGAUGACGAUUAUAGGAGCGUUAAAGAAUUGUUUCAAGUGUUGCAAUCUGAUGUUCCCCCGAGCACGAGCAGUCAGAAAUUUGCGACUGUUGUACUACCAUUCCUUGGUAGUCAGGACAGGCUGCUCUCACAUCUGGUGGCUAAGUGUGUGUCAUCCUGUGUCAUUUAUGAUAUCCACAACUCACAGAAGAAAUGUAGUUCCAUUUGGAGGGAAAUGUGUUUAGAGACGUUUCAGAGGUCUUACCCUUGCAUUGCACUCGAUGCAUGCCUGUGGUCCCUCACCGCUGUAAUCAAAGGAGUGUUAAGGGGAGACCAUGAGUGUAAAAAUGACAUUUUGUUGAAGCUUCUUGCCGAUUUUGAUCCGAGCCUCUCUGGCUUGUAUUCAAAGCUUUUCCCACAAGAGAAGCCAAAACUGAGCAAUGUGGUAUUCGGCCUUGAAAGUGAUGAACUUUUAGGGACCACCUUGUGCUCGUUCACUGACCUUCUUGAAGUACUCAUUGCCGCUAGAAUCAGGCUUGGGAUCUGCUUCUCCAUUCAGAGACUUUUGUUUGUUGAGUCAUCAGCUUUCCUGCAUGUAAUGGAAUACCAGGUUGUGUAUGCUGUGAAGAAACAAGCCAUGCUCCUGCUGAAGAGAAGCCUCCUCCAGAAGGCAGGAGAAGACUGGGCCUCAGGCGAAAUGCAGUCUGGGCGGGCAGACAGCAGUCUGAGUGGUGACAUGUGUGCACUGGCUGACAGUGUCCUGCAGGGGGUGAACUCUGGCUUGCUCCAGUGUGUGCCUGUGAUGCCACAUGCCAGCUUCUUUGGUGGGAGUUGUGAGACGAGCGCUACUGGCAGUGGGAAAGAUGAUGUGAUGCUCAGGGCAGUUAGCCUUAUUCUGCUCAAGAGUCUCGGAUACAAAAGUCAGUCUGUUACAAGCAGAGGUGUGGAACAUUCUGUGGACACUCAGUGGUAUUUGACUGAACUACUGCCGUUUCUGAAGCUGCAUGGGACACAGUUACCGCAAGGCUGCCACCAUUGCUCCUGGAUGUCAUUAGUUUUCAGAGAACAAGAUGAUGAUAUGAUUGAAGCAGCAAAUACUUUACUUUCUCUCUCAUUGUUUCAGAGAAGCUUGAAGUUGAACACAAAUGUCGAUCCCUGCAGUUGGGGCGGUAACCCACAUUGUCACUUUGCUUUGUUACUCAAAAGUGUAUCUUUUGACCACACCGUACUGCUGGACUUCCUCAUUUCGUCCGAGACUUGUUUUUUGGAAUACUGCGUUCGUUACCUCAAGCUUCUCCACGAUGACUGGUGGGGCUUUAACAGGUCAUGUCAGAGUAUUGAAGAGCGUGACUCUGAAGCACAAUGGGUUGCAUCACUGAGACGAUCAAAGACAGAAAAUGAAAGCAUUUCCUCACAUUAUGUAUCGGCAGUGAGCCAUGCAAGUAAAGCAGAAAUAACUGUCAAUCCAGUUGGUACCUUGGGCAGUCUCCCAAGCCCUCAAGGGAGCAAAGUCUUGCCGAACUGUCUUCCUCGACUUGUGGAUUAUGAAAGUUCAGAGGACUCUGAAGAAGAGGAGCAGAGCAUUUUGGACUUUCAGACAAGCAAGAACACUGACACUGCUGAAAUGGAGCCUGUUAGCGAAAGGAAAGGAGAGCAAAUUCAUUCCAGAUCAUUCCACAAUGUGAUCAAAGCCCAGACUAACCCUCACUCUGAGUGUCUGAGUGGUAAAGUGAUGUCGUGCCUUAUGGAGCUUAGGGCAGUUAUAAUCCGGCUGCACAAGAGCAACCUAUUCCCAUAUAAUCCUACCUCACUCCUAAAACUGCUCAGCAACAUAGAGGAUAAGAGCAGGAAUUAA